AUGCUGAUCGGAACACUAUCCAUGAUUGAAGGGCCACACGGCCAACCCUCAAAUGCAAUAAAUGCGACGUAUAUAACGAGCUCUCUUCGCAACACAAUCAACCACCUACGUACCCACGUCGGCAACUGGUUUUACCUCCGAGGGUUCGCCCUCGUCCUCAUCCACGAUAUAGCCCGAGAUACCAUCCUCCCAGCUCUCCUACCAAUCAAUGACAACUCGCCGCUGCAACGAGACAUUCGCUCCCUGGUUUCUGCGGCGGUUUUGGCAACUUUACAAGUUCUGUGGGUCCACAUUGUCAUCACCCGGCCAUCGCCGAAGUCUCUUUACCAACGCCUUCCCAGCCUGAACUGCUCGCUCCGAGUGAUUCCUAUAGCCCUGCUUGAGUGUAUAUUGUGCAAGCUAGCAGUCCCGAUCACGCUACUCGUUGAACUCCAUCUGAUAGAGGUUGUGGGAAAGGUAAACAUUGACCAAAACCUGGAUAAUAGCCAGGCAGCAGCUCACGUCUAUGCGCUCGCGGCUGUCGCUCCCACAUUAAUGAAAUUUUGGCUUGCUCUUCCUGCUCGAGUUGUAUUGGUUCGGAUCGCAGCAUCGACAGUACCAGAUGAUGAUGAAUUGAUUGUUCCGCUUGAUCCACGGCUCAAAGGUGGUGGUGCUCCACUGGGCAUAUUCGAUGCAUGGAGGAAAGACUCGUGGGCGCGUGCUUGUAAAAUUCAGACCAAAGGCUUUAUUGCAGGGGUUGCUAUUUUCCUUUUAGGGCAACUGGUUCUUCCUGACUUCCGGAGUUAUGUUCCUUUUCUGCCGAUGUGGUUUAAUAGUUGA